CUCAAACAAACAGUGACGCAACUAUAUAAAACAGAUAAAUAUAUUAAUUAAAAAGGUAACUUAGGUUUUCAUAGGUUAAAAAAAAACUAAAGUUCGACUGUAUAAGUAAAUAUGUCCGAAUUGUCUUUUGUUUUAAAUAAAGCUCACGAUGUGAGCUUUAAAAAUCAAGCUCCCGAUCCUUUCACUUCUGAUCAUGAUGUUCGAGUGCAUAUCACAUCGACUGGUAUCUGCGGGAGUGACGUUCACUAUUGGAAGCAAGGGCGCAUCGGCGAUUUUGUUGUUGAGAAGCCAAUGAUUCUCGGCCACGAAAGCUCCGGCGUCGUUGUCGAGGUAGCUAAAAAUGUCAAGUCGUUAAAACCCGGUGAUCGAGUAGCCGUCGAACCGGGUCGAGUAUGUCGCAUCUGCGACUAUUGUCGAGCAGGCCAUUACAAUCUUUGUCCUCAUAUGGAAUUUGCGGCUACCCCGCCGUACGAUGGUACCCUAAGAACAACUUACGUGACUACCGAGGACUUUUGUACCAAGUUACCGGACAACAUUAGUCUCGAUGAAGCCGCUAUUUUUGAGCCAUUAAGCGUAGCCAUUCAUUGUUGGCAGCGUGCCCAAUUAACGUUCGGUAAACGUGUUCUCGUAUUUGGCUGUGGCCCUGUAGGCCUUUUGCUAAUGGCUGUUGCUAAGGCGUACGGUGCAAUUGAAAUUGUUGCUGCAGAUGUGUCAGCAACACGCACUCAAUUUGCCGAAAAAUACAUAGGUGCCAAAGCAUACGUCUGUCCGAAGAAGAAUGAAUCAGAGUCCGUGGCUGCCUAUGCGGAGAAAUGCAGAACUGCUAUUAAAUAUGAGCACGGAUACUUUGAAUUUACUGCCGAUGCUACUGGUGUCGAUACCUGCAUUCAUACUGCCGUUCUUCUACUAAAGCCCGGGGGUACAUUUAUUCAAGCAGGUAAUGGAAAACCUGUUGUUGACUUUCCUAUCAAUCAUUUAGUCAACAACGAGUUGUCGGUUAUCGGUUCAUUUCGUUACAGCGCAGGAUGUUACGAACAGGCCUUGAAACUGGUUUCGACCGGAAAAGUGCCUCUUAAGCCUUUAAUUAGUCAUACGUUCGCCUUUAAGGAAGCCGAAGAGGCUUACAAAACAACAGCCGAUCCUUCCUCCGGAGCCAUUAAAGUAAUCAUUCAUGGAACUGAUUAUUGAGCUCGUAAUGGGUAUGAGAGUGUAUUGUUAAAAUAUUAACAAAAGUCUAAACGCUAAAAUAAGGAAGCUUAAUGACAACAAACUAUUUAAGGUAGAAUCAACGACAUUAUUAACUAUUUAUUUAAGGUUAAUUUGCAACUCAAACGCGUGCAAAAUGCGUCGAUUUUUCCCCAAACAAAUAUAAUCUUAGAAGUGUGAGGAAUGACCGGUCUACGAAUACACACUAUUUAGUAAAUAAAGAGAGAAUCCAUUUUACUGAAAGCCUGUUGAGAGCCGUCACUAAACGUUACAAUAACAAUAGACGUUUUGUAUUUCAAUUAACAGAAAAUAAUCAUUCAUUUAAGUGAAACAAUACUAUUC